AUGGACUCGCUUGACUGCGAACAGCUCAGGCACGACCUGCCGUUCUUUGAUAUUACUCGCCAAGGUUCCGAACCAAAUUCACGGCAGCGAUUUGAUCGAAGAAUUGGGGAUGAGUUGGUUUCUAGCCAGCUCACCGGGAGCAAGAAACUGUUUUUAUCGAGGUGGGCUCGCCUUCUCGGCGUUGCAUUCACCUCCUUAGGAGCAGCGUACUUUCUGCUACUUUGUUUUCGCUUUAUAGAAUCCGUGAAGCAGUGGUCCCCGCCCACGCGAUCUUUGGCAGCUCAUCAAGAUAGAUCGUGCCCUCCGGGCAACGUGCGUGGGAUUGAUGAUGAAGGUGACUAUGGGGCAACAGGACAGUGCACACAAGAUUUAGUGCAGCAGCGCUCUGAAGACUGGGGCCUUUUGCAGCGUCAUCAGUCCUCCGGAUUACAAGGAACUGCAGAGGUCGCACAAGAUGAAGUGGAUAAUGCGAGCGCAGUUGAAGAGACAACUCCUGAAAACGUUGCCGCUGUCAGCUCUUCUAUGAGCAAUUUGCAGGAUUUUGAUUUGCACCUGUGGGCUAAUGGAAACAUGCCUGCGGAAGAAGAGGAGCGCUUAAUGCGCCUGUUUAGGCGCAUGCUGAUUGCCGUGAGGGUAUGCAGGUCGAUACUGCCAGCACUAACGUGCAGACAACGCAUUCAACUUACAUUCCGCGUCGCGAGGUUAGUUGCCUUGGAUUUGGGAGCAGCUUCAAUAGUUAAUAAUAAGAAAAAGGCGCGUAUAAGAAAAUCCGUAGGCACCUCCCUCGUCCAAUUGAUAAAGCACUCACUUGGGCGAGUGGGCGAGGACGAGUGCAAUACAAGACAUCGCCACAACCUUGAAAGAUUGAUUAUUUUAAUUGACGAGCUGAAACAGCCGCGGCAGAAUGAAGAAGAACCUAGGGCUGAGAAAUAUAAAAAGAAGAUGCUUGGCAUACUGGCAACUGCUGAAAUUGUAUUGAAGAACUGUCUGCGCGUUUUGGACGGGCUGGCGCUGCUUUGGGAAAAUACAUCGGCCAAGAAACUCCCACCGCAAGUAGUAGAACAGCAGCUCAACGUUAUGAAAUGGAUGUAUGACGUCCACGCUGACCAUAUUGCCAGAGACGGCUGCCUUCGAGCACACAUUGUGGAAUGCCAGAAACGUACACGUGUGUACGCACUUUUAGAUAGGGAAAAAUUCACCGUGGCCACUGCUGUGAUUCUUCCGUUGAGAGAGUUGCAGAAUCAGAUAGCUGAGGCUAUUAGGGCUGCUGGUGGUCUUCUACCUUCUCAGCGGACAUCACCACGGGGGCCUUACAAAUUUAGCCGUGCUUUGGAGGAACAGCAGCGAAAGAGUCAGCACGAAGAGCAAAGCGAACCGUCAGGCAGCAAACCGAUGCAGCAAAAUUUCGUGGAAGAAGUGCUUCCUCCUGACCUUAAGCAGCCACAAACAUGGGGGCCCGACGGAGCUAACCGCGCAUUGGAGGGACAGGCGGAAGAUAGAACGAGUCAGCAACAGGAGCAACGUGAACCAUCAGGCCACAAUCCAUUAUGGCGAAAUUCCGUGGAAGGCGCGCCUUCUUCUGAUGUUGCAUCUUCGGCAGCGAGUAAGGGGAUAGAGAUGGGGGGUUCGUCGCCAAUUAUAUCUCCACCGCGGCGACUUGACCGGCUCACUCGACAAGGCACUGAAGCAGCUUUGCAGCAAACCCCCACACCUACUUUUUCCGGCACUUCUCAGGAUCGAUAUCCAGAGUUUGUUUCUCCGCAUGACUUCCCGUCACCGUUUGGUCUGUCGGUAUUUUGGUCGCAAACAGCAAGAGAAGGAGCUGUAGGGCAAUCUUCUUCUUUAGCGCAAACUUCCUUCGGAAGAACUCCCCAUCAUUCAACUGUAGAGCAUGUUACAAGCCUUCCUCAUAGCGUCACAUUGCAACAUGCAACUGUUGGUCGCAGCGCUGAUGUACAUUUGGUGCCCGCUGCUUCUCCCUCACCGUUGGAUUCACGUGAGUCUUCGGGGUGGCUGCAGCCACCUGCACCUUCUCAUGAAGAAUAUUACAGUCUUUUUGGAGGUGGUGGCAUACCUCCCUGGUCGCCUUUUUCAAAAGCGCCGGCUGGCUCUACAAACAAACGCACCGCAAGCCAUGGGUGGUGGAGCAUUGAUGGUGGGGAAAGCCCUCACUAUCCUACGACCUUUGACCACCGCGAAUGA